CAAGGACCAAACGUUAAAAAUAUCUCAACAGAAAAAACACAGUUUCCCUCAGCCGCAACCAAGCGACCAUCCCAAUUUUCUUAUAUCCUACGCGCUCUAGUGGAGCGUUAUUCUACCGCUUCCCGCAAAGCUUUAAGCUUCCUUCCGUGGAUUUCGAAGUUCAGGGGGAUAUUUAAUUUUUCCCUCUUUAUACAUUCUCCUUUUCAGCUCAGUAUAUUCCCUUCUCUCUCUCUCUCUCUCCUCUCUCUCUCUCUCUCCUCUCUCUCUCUCUCUUUCUCACGCACAACAAACCAGUAUAUACAUAUACAUAUAUAAUCUAAUAUUAGGAUAGAUCUUCGCUGCUUAAUUUAUAUUUGUAUAAGCCUUAAGAUUUUACCCUUGAAAAAUGAUAGUUAUGCGAAGGUCUUGUGCUUCAAAUUUAGAUUGGAAUUCUGAUUUCUAUAGACUUGGGUUUUAUCAAAAUGGAAAAGGGUCUCCGAAUCUGAAAUUUCAGCAUUUGUUGAUCAACUUUUAUCCUCAUCAUAUCAGAUUAAGCCCGCAUCUUCCUUUGAAGAUCUGUAGAUCAAGUGCUAGGCGUUACGGGUUAUUAUGUUUGCCUCCUAGGCUUCUUCAAGUUCGAGCAAUGGAUGGGGAUUUUGGGUUCUCUUCACUCCAUGACUGGGGAGACAAUAAUGGAGCAAUUGAUUAUAGGCUCUCUGCAAGUGAAGGUGAAGAAAGCGAUGGAGAUAUUAUACUACAGCCGAUCACUGAUGUUGAUUUGCCUACCCCCAAGGAGCAGUUUUAUCCAGCCGACGACUCCAUAACAGCAACUGCCCACCGGUUAUCAAUGCUUGGCAGAGCGUACAAGAGAAAAAAGACAAAAUAUGGCAUUCUAAACAACAUAGGCCUCAUAACAUUCUCAGCGGUGCUUCUGUCUCUUGUGGAUUGUUGUGCGUGGAAGAUUGUCAGACUGCCCCUGGCUCCACUUUACCUGAUGCGUCCCUUUCUCAUUUCUGCAGUGGCAGUGUCUUGUGUAGGUUAUGUCUGUGUCCCAUUAUUUCGCAGUUUUAAACUCCAAUCGUUAAUCAGGAAGGAGGGGCCUGCUCGGCACUCUAGUAAGAAAGGAACUCCUACUAUGGGUGGACUGUAUUUUGUCCCCAUUGGAGUAAUUGUUGCAGAAAUUAUUGUUGGGUUUUCUUCUCCGGAAGUUUUCGGAGCAUCUGCAGCAACUUUAGUUUUUGCAGCAAUUGGAUUACUCGAUGACUUGAUAAGUAUGAGGAAUAAUAAUGUUGGCUUAUCCGCUCGAUUUAGAAUCAUAUUGGAGGUAGUUGCUGGGACAUUCUUCUCCUUUUGGCUGUACACGUCGGACAUACCGUCACCCUACAGCAUGAAAGCAGUGGUUCCCCUACCUGCGCCUCUUGGGCUCGUAUGUCUUGGAAGACUCUAUCCUUUUUUAACCUCGUUUUGCUUUGUUUCCAUGGCUAAUGGAAUUAAUCUUACUGAUGGUCUCGAUGGAUUGGCUGGAGGAACUGCCACAUUGGCGUUCAUUGCAAUGUCGAUUGCAGUGCUUCCUAUAUGUUCUGAGCUUUCCAUAUUUGGAGCAUCCAUGGCAGGAGCCUGUGCAGGUUUUCUUCUGCACAACCGGUACAAAGCAUCAAUAUUUAUGGGUGAUACAGGAGCCUUAGCCUUAGGAGGCGCACUUGCUUCUAUGGCUGCUUGUACAGGGAUGUUCUUUCCAUUGUUCAUUUCAUCUGGUGUUUUUAUCCUGGAAGCACUAUCAGUUAUACUGCAGGUUUCCUUCUUCAAGACAACAAAGUAUUUUCGAGGAACUGGACGCCGCUUGUUUCGGAUGGCACCCUUUCAUCACCACCUUGAAUUAUGUGGGGUAAAAGAACCUGUCAUAGUUGCUGGUGCAUAUGUUUUUUCUUGCAUUUUAGCCUUGAGUGCCGGAUAUGUGGGACUCACUUCAGUAUAACCAGAGGUCAUGGAGCUUUGGACGCCUUUGGAAUAUCUGACUGCAUAUAUUGGCAAUCUGGAGACACUUCCUGCAAGUUUUCUCCUUUUUAAUUUUUUUUCCCUUCAAGCUUAGAAUAGACUGAGGAAACUGUUUUUCUUUUACUUUUUCCUCGUAAUGUUGAAAUACCGGAAAAAUGGCCUUAUAUGUAGUAUUUUGGUCACACUCUGUGACCUAAGUAGUAUUAAAUUGUUAUCCAAAUAUUUGAGAAUCUUAAAACUAUUGUCAUGCCCGAUUUGUUGUGAAUAUAUUACUAAUAUUCAGGACUUGAAA